UGCACUAGACAUUGUCCAAGGCAGUGACACGGCAUAUCCAAAGUUAUCGAAAGUAUAUUUUUACAGGUGUUUCAUUACUCCUCCUGGAACCAAGAAAUUCAGUUUGCCAUUUGGAAUAUGGAAAAUCAAGAUCCUGCUGUUGUUGAUGCAAUAAAGGCAUCAGGCGAGUCCACUCCGGGAAAGGCUGCAGCAAAAGCACAAAUAAAAUUUGACCAGUUUGUUAAUGUCUCACUUAACAUCGCUGUGACUGGAGAGACAGGAUCAGGAAAAUCCUCCUUUGUGAAUGCACUUAGAGGUUUAAAGGAUGACGAUGUUAAAGCAGCACCUACCGGAGUCAUAGAAACUACAAAAUUGGCCACCAUGUAUGAACAUCCUGAAAUGCCAAAUGUGAAGAUCUGGGACCUGCCUGGAAUAGGAACCCCAAACUUCAAAGCUAAAAAAUACCUGAAAGAUGUCAAGUUUAACACCUAUGAUUUCUUCAUUAUCCUUAACUCAGUGAGGUUCACAGAGAAUGACAUCAUGCUGGCUAAAGAAAUAAGAAAACAGAAGAAAAGCUUUUACUUUGUUCGUUCCAAGAUUGACAAUGAUAUCUCUGCAGAGAAAAAGAAAAGAGGAUUUGAUGAGCAGAAAGUUCUUUCCCUAAUAAGAGAGUAUUGUCAGAAAAACCUGAAAGAACUGGGAGACCCCAGAGUCUUCUUGAUAUCGUCUUGUGAUUUGGAGGAAUAUGAUUUUGAAUUACUUCAAAACGUUCUCGAAGAUGAACUUCCAGAACACAAGAAGGAUGCUCUUCUGCAAGCCUGGCCAGUGUGUUCAGCUGCAUCUCUUGAGAAGAAGAUCAAGAUUUUUAAACGAAUGAUCUGGGCUGUAUCUCUUGUCUCUGGUGGUAUAGCAGUCGUCCCUGUACCUGGCCUAUCAGCAGCAUGUGAUGUAGGCAUGGUUGUGCUUUUCCUCACAAGGUGCUACUUUGCAUUUGGUUUGGAUGAUAGAUCACUGACAAGGCUUUCAGAAAAAGUUAACAAGCCCCACCUGAAAGAUCUGGCCAAAUCUAAAUUUGUUACUGCCAUCAGAGAAAAAGCACUGACCAGAUUGCAAGCGUCUGCUGCACUCGGUACCAUUGCUACUGUUGAAUAUCUUUUGAGUCUCCUUCCAGGUGUAGGCAGUGCUGCUGCUGCAGUACUAUCCUUUGGUACCACUCAGUACCUCUUGAGAGAAGGAGUAAAUGAUCUGGCAAAUACAGCUCAAGUAAUCAGAAAAGAAGCUGGGCUUGCUUCUGUUCAUUGAUUUAUGUCCUAU